UUUUUUACAAAGUUACAAUGAAACAAACAGUUCAUAAAAACAAAUUUUGAACUUUAAUAUGAAAUUAAAUUGUAAUUUUGGAGCAGAACAUUUUUUAUUUUCAUAAUAAAACGUACACAUCCUUAACUUUGAAUUCUCGAUGUCCAAAGUAAGAACCAUAGUAUUUCAUGAGGGACUGUCCACAUGCUACCCCAUACCCCUACCUCGUACCACGAGGUCUAUACUCUAGCCCGUCUAAAUUUUCUAUAGGUAUGCCAUCUUUACAAUUCUGUGGUCACGGGAGAGUUCAUUAACCAAUGCGAGAUGAAUGCGAGUAACGCGGAAGUUACUGAACUCUCCCAUGACCACACAGUUGUAAAGAUGGCGUACGCAUAGAAAAUUUAGACGGGGUAGACCUGGAGGUACGGAAUAGGAGUACGGGCUAGCAUGUGGAGUGUGGACAGUCCGAACAAUCCCUUGCAUAGUUUGACAGUUUUAUCAUAAAAACUUUUCUUUUGGAAAAUAAGAAAAAAAAUUGAAUUCACUCGAAAUAAAAGAAGUCAUUGGCCUUGAUAGCACGGGGUCCUGAGCGCAAGUAUGUAGCAGCUGCAGUAGUCCAGUAGUAAGCAGUCGUAUCGAUAAUAUAGCAUUUUACAAACUUACGCAGUGCGAGAAAUAAAUAAUGUUGCGAUAUACAGGUAAGGUGUCCUCGUCAAAACACGCGAGGAAAAGUUGAAAAACUUGUACUGACAAUAAAGAGAGAAAGAAAGAAAAAGCAAAAAACGACGCUACACGCUCGAAUGAUAGCCAACUCGUUGAAGCGUAAGCGAUCCAGGUUUCAGCACCAUAACACUCACGAUGCCCGACGACGUCGAUACCUGCAGCAAUUGUCUCGACGACGAUACUCUUAAUCUCGCCGAUCUACCUGUUGAAAUAUUCUUGCAUAUUUGUUCAUUCCUCGAUGCUUCAACUUUAGUUCAUUGUUUGAGCCUCACUUGUAAACAAUUUCACACCAUUCUUAAUGAUAAUUCUAUUUGGAAAGUGCGAAUCAGCCAAGUAUGGCCUAAUGUUAAGUAUCCAAUCUUGCCUUAUGUCAGCGAUGAUGAGUUAUUUUGGAAAUUGUCUUGUGUUACUAUCGAAAGACAAGCAAAUUUAUGGAGAAAUACAGAUUUAUUGGAAAAAGUAUGGUUAAAUAAUGUUCAUUAUAGCACCAUUGAUGGGCUUUUAUUAAUGCAUAAUGGAAAUAUAUGUGUCUCUGGAGGAAGAGAUAGAACGUUAGUAUUAUACCGUUUGUCAUCUCAAGAAGAUAGUCAGCAUGAUACUGUUUCCAUAGGUAAUGCACAUGAUGGGUGGAUCUGGGAUCUUACCGCUAUUGAAAAUACCAUCUACAGUUGUAGUUGGGAUAGAUCAGUAAAAGCUUGGGCUUUAACUGAAGCUGGCUUAGAGCAUGUAACAACUUAUGAAAUGAUUGUUCAAAAUGCUUUACUAUGUGUAACUUCAUGUCCAGAAUUAUCUCUGUUUGCAACUGGUUCUUACUGCAAAACUGUAUUGGUUUUUGAUCCCAGAAGUGGCCAUAGUCCAAUUAUCAAAUAUCAACCACACCAUAGAGCUGUCAUAAGUUUAGCAAUGAGCACAAACUACAUACUUUCUGCUAGUGAAGAUAAAACUGUGAAUGUAUGGGACCAAAGAGCAGGACGAACAAUGAAAUCAGUCACAAUUUCAAAAGAGUCGUUUCCAAUGAGUAUGUACAUGCAGAAAGAUGUUGUAUACGUUGGUGAUAGCGGCGCAAAUCUUCAUAUUUUAGACAUAAAGCAGGACUUUGACCCUGUGAAAAGUUACAAGACUGGACACGAAAAGAAAAUUACAGGUGUUUAUGCUGGUACUGGAUGCUUAAUCACGAGUUCCUUAGAUAGGACUGUCAAAAUAACAAGCCCUACUGAUCCACCUCAUAUGUUAGCAACUCUACAGUACCGGAACGGUGAAAUAGCUGGUAUCGAUUAUCUGAACGAGGUAUUGGCUGUUUCGGGUAGAGACGCUAUCGAAAUUUGGCGGCCAAAGACUCGAGCGAAAUGUUAGUGAGUUGCAAGCGAGCCUAAUAUUUUAAAAUAUCAGACAACAAGAAACAAUAUAGAAACAUUACUGCUUAAGAUUUGUCGAUUAAUUGAUGUAUUUUACAUUUGUAUUGAUUAUAAGAUCUCAUAUUUACUUUAACUAAUUUGUGGUGUACAAAUAUUUAUAUGUCCAUUACUUGAAUUUAUUGAAGAUCUAUUAUAUAUCGUUUAUAAAAUAUGCCUAUUUUUAUUUAUUACUAAUCCCAUCUUAUUUGAUCAAAUAAGCUGUAACUAAAACCAAUCAAUAUAUUUCUUGUACAGAAUCCAGACUUUCGAU